UCACAAAAUCGAACAAACUUCGGCGUCUCUUCUUUGGUUUCUUCUUCUUUGUUCACAAGCACUCGCACUACUAACCUUUGCUUCGCCUUGCUCUGCUGGUCGUCUCUAGAUCUCUCCGAUUCAAAUUCUUCGCCCAUGGCUCAGCCUCUCAUCAAGAAGGACGACGACCGAGAUGACGAAGCUGAGUAUUCUCCGUUUUUGGGGAUUGAGAAGGGCGCUGUUCUUCAGGAAGCUAGGGUCUUUAAUGAUCCUCAGUUAGAUCCAAGAAGAUGCUCUCAGGUUAUCACGAAGCUUUUGUACCUUCUGAAUCAGGGUGAAAACUUCACAAAGAUUGAAGCCACCGAAGUUUUCUUUGCUGUCACAAAGCUCUUCCAGUCAAGAGAUAUAGGGUUGAGGAGAAUGGUUUAUUUGAUAAUAAAGGAGCUUUCUCCGUCUGCUGAUGAGGUUAUUAUUGUGACUAGCUCCCUAAUGAAGGACAUGAAUAGUAAGACUGAUAUGUAUCGGGCAAAUGCCAUUCGUGUGCUUUGUCGGAUUACAGAUGGAACCCUUCUCACCCAGAUCGAGAGGUAUCUGAAACAAGCAAUUGUAGAUAAAAAUCCUGUGGUAGCUAGUGCUGCCUUAGUCAGUGGUCUUCAUUUGCUCCAGACAAAUCCAGAAAUUGUCAAGCGGUGGAGUAAUGAGGUUCAGGAAGCUGUUCAGUCAAGGGCGGCACUUGUGCAAUUUCACGCUCUUGCCUUGCUUCAUCAAAUACGUCAAAAUGAUCGUCUAGCUGUUAGCAAACUGGUCACUAGCCUGACAAGGGGUACUGUUCGGUCUCCAUUGGCUCAAUGCCUCUUGAUUCGCUAUACCAGUCAGGUUAUUCGCGAAUCAGCUACUAGUACUCAAACCGGUGAUCGGCCCUUCUAUGAUUUCCUUGAGGGAUGUCUGCGCCACAAAGCGGAGAUGGUGAUAUUUGAAGCUGCCAAAGCAAUCACCGAGCUGCAUGGUGUAACAAGCAGAGAAUUGACACCAGCCAUUACUGUCCUUCAGCUGUUCUUAAGCUCCUCAAAACCAGUACUGAGAUUUGCUGCUGUCCGCACCUUAAAUAAGGUGGCAAUGUCUCAUCCAAUGGCUGUCACUAACUGCAAUAUCGAUAUGGAGAGUUUGAUUUCUGAUCAAAAUAGAAGCAUUGCAACUCUUGCAAUAACAACACUUCUGAAAACAGGAAAUGAAUCAAGUGUGGACCGUCUAAUGAAGCAGAUAACAAACUUUAUGUCUGAUAUUGCGGAUGAGUUUAAAAUUGUUGUGGUGGAAGCUAUUAAAUCUCUGUGUUUGAAGUUCCCAUUGAAGUAUAGAUCUCUGAUGAAUUUCCUUAGCAACAUUCUCAGAGAAGAAGGGGGUUUUGAUUACAAAAAAGCUAUUGUGGAUUCAAUUGUAAUUCUUAUAAGAGAUAUUCCUGAUGCAAAAGAGAGUGGGUUGCUUCAUUUGUGUGAGUUUAUUGAAGAUUGUGAAUUCACCUAUCUUUCAACACAGAUCCUUCAUUUUCUGGGCAUUGAAGGACCCAAAACCUCUGAUCCUAGCAAAUACAUACGAUAUAUAUACAACCGAGUACAUCUUGAAAAUGCAACUGUUCGUGCCAGUGCCGUGAGCACAUUAGCAAGAUUUGGUGUUACAGUUGAAUCAUUGAAGCCUCGAAUAUUUGUUCUGUUGAGACGAUGUCUUUUUGACAAUGACGAUGAGGUUCGAGAUAGGGCCACCCUAUAUUUAAAAACUCUUGGAGCUGAUGGUACAGUUGCUGAAACUGAGAAGGAUGCGACUGACUUUCUUUUCGGCUCUCUAGAUGUCCCACUGAUCAAUCUAGAAACAAGUUUGAAGAAUUAUGAGCCUUCUGAGGAACCUUUUGACAUUGAUUCCGUGCCCAAGGAAAUCAAGUCCCAGCCACUUGCUGAGAAGAAAGCUCCAGGUAAAAAGCCAGCUGGGCUUGGUGCUCCUCCAAGUGGCCCAACAGCCACUGUUGAUGCAUAUGAAAAGCUGCUUUCUUCGAUUCCAGAAUUUGCAAACUUUGGAAAACUCUUCAAGUCUUCAGCACCUGUAGAGCUUACAGAAGCAGAAACGGAAUAUGCAGUUAAUGUUGUUAAGCACAUUUUUGAUAGCCAUGUUGUGUUUCAGUACAACUGCACAAAUACAAUUCCUGAGCAACUACUUGAAAAUGUCACUGUUGUUGUUGACGCAUCUGAAGCAGAGGAAUUCUCUGAAGUGAUAUCCAGACCUCUCAGAUCACUUCCCUAUGAUUCACCCGGACAAACCUUUGUGGCAUUUGAGAAGCCUGAAGGAGUCCCCGCUGUUGGGAAAUUUUCAAACAUGUUGAGAUUUAUUGUUAAAGAGGUUGACCCAAGUACAGGUGAGGCAGAAGAAGAUGGUGUGGAGGAUGAGUACCAGUUGGAGGAUUUGGAGGUUGUUGCUGCUGAUUACAUGUUGAAAGUUGGGGUCUCUAAUUUUAAGAAUGCAUGGGACAGCUUGGGUCCAGAUUGUGAGCGAGUUGAUGAAUACGGCCUUGGACCGAGGGAGAGUUUGGCAGAAGCUGUAGGUGCUGUCAUAAAUCUUCUCGGCAUGCAGCCGUGUGAGGGUACAGAGGCCGUUGCAAGCAACUCAAGAUCCCACACCUGUCUAUUAUCUGGUGUAUACAUUGGCAACGUGAAGGUACUUGUGCGUUUAUCGUUUGGAAUCGAUUCAUCAAGAGAGGUUGCGAUGAAGCUGGCUGUUAGAUCAGAUGAUGAAGUCGUCAGUGAUGCCAUCCAUGAGAUAGUUGCCAGUGGCUAGUCGGAAUUGUAAGGAAGUUAAUUUUUUAUUGAUUUUUUGUUUGUGAGAAAAAUUAGGUCAGAGGUUCGGGAUGGGCUACAGAAACAGUCAAAACUUGUAGAAAGAAUUUUUGAAGUCUGGGCCAAACUUCAUUCGGGACAUAGGCAUAUAUAUGUUAGGGAGAGUUUGUUGCAUUAGUUUGAGCCUCAUAUGGUUCUCAUCCAUGUUUUAAUUGUUCAACUUUGAGAGUGGUUUCCUCAUCUCGAUAUUUAGCAAAUCCCUUCCCAUCCCAACCCGACCACCUGCUCUCUCCCUCGAGAACUAUGAUAUGGCUGUUGUCAUUACUCUGUCUAUCAAUGUGAAUGUGAUGUGUGAAUCAAA